GGAUGGGAAAGGGGGUGGGAACAGACAGUGGUGGCAUGUCCCCGGCCAUGCUAGGCGCAAUGAUAAUGCAGUUGCGGCGUUGUUUGGAUGUUCGGCCUGUCUCUCCCCACCCUCCCUCUUCCUGUGUCCAAUGAGCUACGUACAUAGCACGUCUCGCAGCAGGAAGAACGAGAAGCGGCCAACCAGUUUUUCGGCUCUCAUUGCGACCUGAGCCGGAGUCCCGUGCACUUCUUUGCCUGUGAACCCGCUACCCCAGAAGUAACUCCCCACCUACCCACCCAAGGGUGCACCAUGACCACCCCUCUGACGGACUUCGAGAGGAGGAAGCAGAUCAGCGUGCGGGGAAUCGCUGAGCUCGGGGACGUGGUGGAGUUGAAGAAAAGCUUCAACAGGCAUCUACAUUUCACUCUGGUCAAGGACAGGAAUGUCGCUACGCCCCGCGAUUACUACUUUGCCCUGGCUCACACCAUCCGCGACCACCUGGUUGGUCGCUGGAUUCGCACCCAGCAGUAUUACUACGAGAAGGAUCCCAAGCGUAUAUACUACCUCUCUCUGGAGUUCUACAUGGGCCGGACCUUGCAGAAUACUAUGGUGAACCUGGGGCUGGAGAAUGCCACUGAUGAGGCCAUAUAUCAGCUGGGUUUAGAUAUUGAAGAGCUGGAGGAAAUUGAAGAGGAUGCUGGACUGGGCAAUGGAGGUCUUGGUCGACUGGCAGCUUGUUUCCUUGAUUCAUUGGCCACACUGGGUUUGGCUGCAUAUGGCUACGGCAUUCGUUAUGAAUUUGGUAUUUUCAAUCAAAAGAUUCAUAAUGGCUGGCAGGUAGAAGAAGCUGAUGAUUGGCUGCGCUAUGGUAAUCCUUGGGAAAAAGCUCGUCCGGAAUACAUGCUCCCUGUUCACUUCUAUGGACAGGUGGAACAUGGCCCUGAUGGUGCUAAAUGGCUUGAUACUCAGGUGGUCCUGGCUAUGCCCUACGACACUCCAGUGCCGGGAUUCAAGAACAACACUGUCAACACCAUGAGGUUGUGGUCUGCUAAGGCUCCCAAUGACUUCAACCUGAAAGACUUUAAUACUGGUGACUAUAUUCAGGCUGUGUUGGAUCGAAACCUGGCUGAGAAUAUAUCCAGAGUCCUAUACCCCAAUGACAAUUUCUUUGAAGGUAAGGAACUCCGCUUAAAGCAAGAAUACUUCGUGGUAGCUGCCACACUCCAGGACAUCAUUCGCCGCUUCAAGUCUUCAAAGUUUGGUUGCCGGGAUCCAGUCCGAACCUCAUUUGAAACAUUCCCAGACAAGGUGGCCAUUCAGCUCAACGACACCCAUCCUGCACUUGCCAUUCCUGAGUUGAUGAGAAUCCUAGUGGAUGUGGAGAAGUUAGAGUGGGAAAAGGCUUGGGAUAUAACAAUCAGGACCUGUGCUUAUACCAACCACACGGUGCUGCCCGAGGCUCUGGAACGCUGGCCGGUGCAGAUGUUUGAGCGACUUCUCCCAAGGCACCUGCAGCUCAUCUAUGAAAUCAACCAGAGACAUUUGGACAACAUUGCUGCCCUGUAUCCCGGUGACGUAGACCGCCUGAAACGCAUGUCGCUGAUCGAGGAGGGAGAUCCCAAGAGGAUCAACAUGGCGCACCUGAGCGUUAUUGGGUCCCACGCAGUUAAUGGGGUCGCACAAAUUCACUCGGAAAUUGUGAAGAGCACAGUUUUUAAGGAUUUCUAUGAACUUGAACCGGCAAAAUUCCAGAAUAAGACGAAUGGGAUCACUCCAAGACGUUGGCUAUUGUUGUGUAACCCAGGUCUUGCAGACAUUAUUGCUGAGAGGAUUGGAGAGGGUUUCAUCACAGACCUGCACCAGCUGAAGAAGUUGCUGGCCUUUGUUGACAAUGAAGCUUUCAUUCGAGAUGUGGCCAAUGUGAAACAGGAGAACAAACUGAAAUUUGCAGCUUAUUUGGAGCAUGAGUACAAGCUCAAAAUCAACCCUUCCUCCAUCUUUGAUGUCCAUGUCAAGCGGAUCCAUGAGUACAAGAGGCAGCUAUUGAAUUGCUUACAUGUUAUCACUCUCUACAACCGUAUCAAAAAGGAACCAAACAAAACCUUUGUGCCGAGGACGGUGCUGAUUGGAGGAAAGGCUGCUCCAGGCUACCACAUGGCCAAGAUGAUCAUCAAACUCAUCACUUCAGUUGGAAAUGUUGUCAACAAUGACCCCAUUGUGGGUGACAGGUUGAAGGUCAUCUUCCUGGAGAAUUACCGGGUGUCCCUGGCUGAGAAAGUGAUCCCGGCGUCGGACUUGUCUGAACAGAUUUCGACAGCUGGUACAGAGGCUUCAGGAACAGGCAACAUGAAGUUUAUGCUGAAUGGAGCCCUGACAAUAGGAACCAUGGAUGGCGCCAAUGUCGAGAUGGCAGAGGAGGCAGGAGAAGAGAAUCUCUUCAUCUUUGGCAUGAGAGUGAAGGAAGUUGAGGCACUUGAUAAAAAGGGAUAUAAUGCCAAAGAAUAUUUCAACAAGCUGCCAGAGCUAAGGCAGGCCAUGGAUCAGAUCAGCAGUGGAUAUUUCUCCCCGAAAGAACCAGAGCUGUUUAAGGAUGUGGUUAACAUGUUGAUGCACCAUGACAGGUUUAAAGUGUUUGCUGAUUUUGAAGCAUACAUCAAAUGCCAAGAGAGAGUUAGUGAGCUUUACAAGAACCCAAAGGAUUGGACCAAGAUGGUAAUAAAAAACAUUGCAAACUCUGGCAAGUUCUCAAGUGAUAGAACAUCAAAGAGUUAUGCCAGAGAGAUUUGGGGGGUGGAGCCCUCUGACGUAAAGAUUCCCCCUCCGAAUGAACCCAAAUCAUAGUACGUUGAGUGCUCAUCGCUUAUCUAUAUGACGAGUAGUGUGUGCAGUCUAGGCUCUUGUGUUUUGUCCUUACUUCUACCCAAAAUAUCAGAUUAGUGUAUAUCAUGGGAAUCACGUUGCAUUUGUUUGUCUUUUAUAAAACACACCUAUUGUGCACCUUAUUAAAACAUGAGUUUAAGUGAA